AUGGCUUCGCUAGCGGCAUGGUCGCUCGAUUAUGGAAAGAUUACACCAAAGAAUGUUAAACUUUCCGCUGUUCCCGAUGCUAUGAUUGGAUACGUUGACCCCAGGAUUAUGGAAAAGCCAGACAAGAACAAAUCUGUCGGAGACAAGAAGAUCGAUACGUCGGCCAUCCAAGUAGCAAAAGCAUGGGAGGCUGCGAUGGCCCCAGCAAAAUCUAUUCCUAUGAACUUGAUGAUGAUGUACAUGAGCGGCAAUGGCGUUCAAAUUUUUAGUAUGAUGGUCGUGUUCAUGACUGUGAUCAAUCCACUCAAGGGCAUCACCACAAUCAAUACCGUAUUUGCGCCCGACUGGCUUGCAUGGCACAAGGCACUUGAGUCCCUGGAAUUCACAGCGUUCCGUGCUUAA